GAACAUGUAUUUUGGACUGCAAAGUAAGUCUUCUUGGAGAGCUCUAAGUUAGCGGCCGAUACUAACGAACUACCGUAUCCUUACAGCGGGCUGGGUCUCCAUGAUGUCGAUGCCCUCGUCCUUGGUCGGAUUCGCGGUAUUCAAGACUCUGGCCCACAGACUGGAUUAUCCGUUCACUGCUGUGGAGAAUGUGUUGGUGCAGACUGUCGCCGUCGCCGUGGGCUCCAUGCCUCUUAGCGCGGGCUUUGUCGGUGUGAUUCCGGCUCUUGAACGUCUCCUCACACCGGCAGAAGGCGGCCCGAUAGUUGUCUCGACGCCAAAGCUGGUGUUCUGGGGGCUCGGGGUUGCCUUCUUUGGCGUAUUCUUUGCCGUUCCGCUGAGGAAACAAGUGAUCAUACGGGAAAAGCUAAAAUUCCCUUCUGGAACAGCUACGGCUUUGAUGAUCUCGGUUCUGCAUGGCGAUGAGAAGAAUACACGCCGCGCACAGUCUGCAACCCAGUUGCCGUCACAAACCACAAUUCUGAUGGCAGACACACCUGAGGCGGAUAACGUUGAACACAGUGAAACGGCCGACUGGAAGAAGCAAACCAGGAUGUUGUUUUAUUCUUUUGCAGUGAGCGGUGUCUAUACGCUGUUCUCAUAUUUCUUUCCGAUCAUCCGUGACCUGCCAAUCUUUGGUUUCGCUGCAGCAAACCACUGGCUUUGGACUUUGAACCCGAGCCCAGCAUAUGUCGGCCAAGGGAUAAUCAUGGGACCGCAAACGACAGCCCACAUGCUUUUUGGAGCGUUUUUGGGAUGGGGGAUCCUAAGCCCAUUGGCCAAGAGGAGCGGAUGGGCACCGGGUCCUGUUGGUGACUGGGCAACAGGCAGCAGAGGAUGGCUGGUAUGGGUGAGUCUGGCGAUAAUGCUUGCAGACAGCAUCAUUUCUCUAUCGGGCAUCAUGUUUGAUCCCCUUAUCCGCGCCGCAUUAGGCACAAGACGGCUUCGGAGCGGGCAGAGCGACUAUGAACCUUUACCGGAGGACGCAGAGGACGAAGAGGACGUUCCGGCUCAUUAUCCCGGCCUUCGUCGGCGAAGAACGCCUCGGUUCGAAGUCGACGAUGAGACACCAGAGCAGGACGCGGAUCCAUCUUUCUUGGUACCUAUGUGGGUUGUAGUCUGGGGCCUGGUGGCAUCUGGGAUACUCUGCAUUGUCGCCAUCAGAGUUGUUUUUGGACAGGUUCCACUGUAUGCAACUGUCGUUGCGUUCUUCCUUGCCCUGGUUCUUAGUGUCAUGGGCGUCCGCGCAUUGGGACAAACCGAUCUCAACCCUGUUUCCGGCAUCUCCAAACUCACGCAAUUGAUCUUUGCACUGAUAGUCCCCGCCUCGAACCCGGCCGCAGUAGCAAUCAACCUCGUGGUCGGCGCCGUAUCCGAAGCAGGCGCGCAGCAAGCCGGCGACAUCAUGCAAGACCUCAAGACCGGGCAUGUGAUUGGCGCCUCGCCACGCGCACAGUUCUACGGCCAGCUGAUCGGCAGCGUCUUUGGCGCUGUGGUAUCGGCGUGGGCCUACAGGAUCUACUCGGCGGUAUACCCGAUUCCCGGCGACCUAUUCCAGGUGCCCACCGCAUAUGUCUGGAUCGAUUGCUCGAGACUGGUGUAUGGCAAGGGACUUCCUGAUGGCGCGUGGGGCUUCGCGAUGGCCUUUGCGGGCAUCUUCACGGUCACUACGAUCUUGAGGGGCUGGGUGGUCAAGGGAAAUCCCUGGAUUCCAAGUGGCAUCGCAGUGGCGGUGGGAAUGUACAACACCCCGUCAUUCACGCUUGCGAGGGCGGUGGGCGGCGGGUUGCAGUGGUGGUGGAACAGGAAGUUUGGCAGUGAGGGACAGACUAUGUUGGUGGUUCUGGCCAGUGGAUUGAUCCUCGGGGAGGGGCUGGUGAGUAUGGCAAACCUGCUGAUGGCUAGUGCGGGCGUACCGCAUUUUUAAUGUGGGAAGGGGUGUGUUCAUGUUUUAGACUGCCGGAGCAGCAUUACACUGGGUUAAUUCUGAUAGCUGCUGUUUUCUUUUUGAGACCGUUUUUGUAGAUGAGUAUAGAGUAGAUAUCGCGCGGCGGAUAGAAAUGGAGACGAAGGGUGUACCUGCUUAGAAAUAGAUGUAUGGGUG